CGAUAUUUCCCUGUUCUGCCCACCUCCAACUAAGGUCCACCUCAUACAUCCUAUUAUUUGAAAACUAAUAAAAAGGCUGUGAUCAAAACAAUUGUUACGUUGCCCAGGCAACGGAUCCAGAAGCGGACCAAACAAAGGAUAUCUCCACCGAGAAAGUCACUGAGCUGGCACAAUGUUUUUACUCGACCGAAUACUGCCAUUUAUAUUUGGCUAUAUAAGGCCAUUCAUCAAGUGGUUCCUGCACGCCUUCACCCGUCUGUCCGAGCUUCAGAGGAUCUGCUAUGGAGCCCGGGCUGGGGCCAGCCGAACCAGCCAGGUGGAAAGGUCCUUGACUUUGUCAAAGACGCCGCAAAUAAGGCGGCUCGUACUUGACCUUGAUGAGGCGGCGCCAUACGUGGAUAAUCGGGAAUUGAUGGAGUUUGCUCCUCGUGCAGCUCGGGUUGUUAUGCAGGCGAAACGCAUCAAGAGCAACGUGCAUCCGGACUUCGCCCGGCUGUUUGGAAGCUGCGUCACCAGCAUAUGGGGCUACCGGCGGCUAAUGCAUCAGGUGGAGCAGCUGCGGGCCGAGCGGUACGACUCAGACAACUUGGAUCACGAGCAUAAGUUGCUAAGGUUGUGGCAGCUUCUGAUGCCCGACACUCCGCUUACUGGACGGGUGAGCAAACAGUGGCAGGAUAUUGGUUUUCAAGGCGACGACCCCAAGACCGACUUCCGGGGUAUGGGCAUGCUGGGCCUAGAGAACCUUCUCUACUUUGCCACGGCCUACAACGAUGCCGCCAAGCAUGUACUCCUGCACUCGUUGCAUCCUACUCUGGGCUACACGUACGCCAUUGUGGGCAUCAAUCUCACCUCGAUGGCCUUUAAUCUCGUUAAAACUGGAGCCGCCAAGACGCACUUCUACAACCAGGUGGUGCAGCACAAACAAGACUUUAGCACGGUGGAGGACUUCCACAAGUUAUACUGCUACUUGUUCUUUGAAUUCGACCGCUUUUGGAUGGAGAGUGAUCCACGCAAUAUAAUGGACUUCCGCGAGAUCUAUCAGGCCUUCGAAAUCACCAAACUGGAGGCUCUGCACAAUGAGAAUACUAUAUUUAAGACAAAUUUGGUUGUCGAGUCCGUCUAAGACUUGGAUAAAGGUGUUUUAUUUUAAUUGUAGUUAAAUAAUGGUAGGAAUAAAGUCACUUCUCUAAGUCAAUUCAGUACGAACAAACUAAUACCAUUGGCAUAUAGUUUAAUCCUUGCUGGAUUAUUUUACCUUGAUUCUCAACACAGUACUUAUUUAACUCAACAAUAAACCCACAAACGUUGUAAGACAAAAACACGUAUUAUGUUACUUUUUCGUAUAAAUGCAGAUUUUAUGCGCUUUAUUUGAGAGGCAUAUAUAAGGUAUAUUUAUGUAUGUAUUCGUAUAUAUUUUAAUGCAAUUGUGUAAAUCGUUAACUAACAUAAGCCUGGAAUGUCACCUAAUAAUACUUUCAAAUCAAGUCAGAGAUUACCCACUGAGAUAGAGAGAAAAAUAAAUAAUAUUUUAAAUAUCACGCAAAAGCAUAAAAACUAAAGGAAAAUAAAAUCUUUCGAAAAUUGCACGAGAAAA